AACAUAUCUUUUGUAAAAAGGAAACAUAGAGAAAUGUUUGGGUUUCGGCAUGUAGUGUGUGUACUUUGGUGUUAUAAGACAUAUCGGGUCACUGAUGCGAUUAAAUCAAACCCCAAUCGCUCUCUCCUUUCACCCUUCAAACUUAAGUGGAAGAAGAAAGAAAAUAAAGUUGAGAUCAUCCAAUAUGAGCAUGGAGAUUGCAAAAGAAAAGGCUGAGAAUCAAACUUGGAGAGACCUUCCCUUGGAGCUUCUCAUCUCUGUAAUGACUAAUCUUGAAAUCGAUGACAACGUACGUGCUUCUGCCGUAUGCAAACCUUGGUACGAGGCAGCAGUGUCUGUUAGAAUCACAGACCAGCCUCCUUGGCUCAUGUACUUCCCUAAAUCAAGAAACUCUUUCGAGUUUUACAAUCCAUCAAACUCCAAGAGACAUACAAAGGAGCUGCCUAAAUCAUUAGCUGGCUCUAAAGUGCGUUACUCUAAAGACGGGUGGCUCCUUAUGUGCAAAAGCAUUUCAACAGAUUUCGUCUUGUUCAAUCCAUUUACUAUGGAUCUUGUGGUCUUGCCUGAUCUUGAGCUGUGGCAUGGUUACCAGUUAGUGGGAUUCUCUUGUGCUCCUACGUCAAGCGAUUGUGUGGUGUUAAUCAUCAAAGACUAUGAUCCAGGCCAUGUUACAAUCCGUACAUGGAGUCCGGGUGAAACCACGUGGACUUCAAUGCACGUCUCGUCUCAGUUUCUUGAUGCUAAACGUAACUAUGUUGUCUUCUCGAAUGGUUUGUUUUACUGCCUCAACUUAAGAAACAGCCUCGCGGUUUUUGAUCCAUCUUUACGGACGUGGAAUGUCCUUGACAUACCGCCACCAGUAUGUCCUGUUCACAUUGAUGAUGAGAGUUGGUAUGAAGGAAAGUUCAUGGUGGGUUACAAAGGAGACGUAUCUCUCGUAUGUACAUUUGGAAAUGCAGAGCCUUUGGUGUUUAAACUCGAUCUUACACUACGUGUUUGGGUGAAGAAGGAAAAUAUUGGUAGUUUGACGAUCUUUGGGAGUAUUAAUUCAUGUGAAUCGAGGACGUAUGUCCAUGAGGGGAUGCUGAGGAACAGUAUCUACUUUCCUAAGUUAUGUGACAAUGAGAACCGGUGCGUAACUUAUUCGUUUGAUGAAGGGCGAUACCAUCCGCGGCGUGAGCACAAUGUUAAUUGGGGAAAGCAACGAUCUUCUGAGAACAUUUGGAUCGAGCCUCCUGAGAACGCUUUGGAGCUAAUCUAAGAGAAAAAUGUCAAUGUUGUCUAUGUAUUAAAAAGACAAUAAACGUUUCCAUCACAAGAAUAAUAAUGGGUAUUAAUCUCGAGUCUGAUUAAGAAGUGUGGCAUGUAUUGGUAGAGACAAUGGGUUAGUCAGAGUUGUGAUUAGUGCUCUGAAUUUUAAUUAACUUCCACUUGAAAUGUCCUGACCCAUAAAUUUUUGGAAUUUUUCUUCUAAAUUCUAAGUAAAUUUUCAAUAAAAUUAUAUCUAAAACAACAUUUAAAUUUUAUGAAACACAUUUUAUAAACAAAAAUAAUAUAAUUAAACUAGUAUAAAUGUGGAAUUUUAAAAAGUUAAUUAAUGUACAUAUAUAGUAAAAUCAAAUAUUUUUCUUAUUUUAAGAAAAUAUAUUUUAUAAUAGAAAAAAAACUAUAAAAAAACUUUUUGUAAAUUAAUAACUCUAUAAAUUAACAAAAUACCAAAGCUCUAACGUUAUUAUUUUAUAGAGUUUUUACUAGCGUACAGUCCAUCAUCAUGAGUAAAACCAUGUUAAUUCAUUCAAGGUCUAAAUAAGGCACACUUGAAAGCAACAACCUUCCGAUCAGUAGUUAGCCAUUAACUAAAAAUAUUCAAGGAAUCCAACAUUAAAGAGUAAAAGUGUAGAACCAUGAUAUAUAAAAUUGAUCCACUACCAGAAAACAAAACUUUAACGAGGAAAAAGUUCUCGUAAAUUUACGUCCUAUUUACGAGAACUUUACGAAGAAAAAAUAAAUCAUCGUAAUAUCGUCGUAAAUUAACGACAAUAAAGUUUCGUAGUAAAACCGACGCAACGUGGUUUUUACGAGGAAACAUUUUCGUCGUAAAGUAGACGUAACUGUAACGAGGACUUUACGACGAAAUAUUUAACGUCUAUUUAGCGUCGAAAUCUCGAGUGCACCAACUUUUUAGUUUAAACACUUUUUUUGUUUCGGCUAGAUAAUAUAUUUCCUCGUAAAUUUCUAGUAAAUUUGACCUACCAGUUUUGAAAAUUUUCUAUAAUUAUGGCGUUUGUUUUUCAUUUGAAACACACCGAAAAGAAAAAAAAAUAGAAAAACGUGAAAGAAAAAAAAUUAUCAGGUGGUGGAAAUAUAUUUGAGUUGCGAAGGUGGAUGUAUACGCACAUAGAUAAUAAUGGGAGAGUGACGAAAGAAUAUCUCGAAGGGCUGGAGACAUUUAUGCAUCAAGCAGAUUCUACACCGGUAGGCCAGGAAAGUGGUAAGAUGUUCUGUCCUUGUCGGAAAUGCAACAAUUCAAAAUUUUCAACUCG